AUGCAGUUCUCCGCCGUCCUUCUCGCUCUCGCAGCCAGCGCCUCCGCUGCCGUCCUUCCCCGCGAUGGCAUGGGCCAGUGGGCCGUCACCGUUACCGUCCAACCCGCCAUUAGAGAUGUCUACCUCCACGCCGAGUUCACUUCGGAUGAGUAUCCUGAGGACAAGAAGUUGAGGAGCACCUGUGUUGAGGCUCCCGAAGCCGAGCUUUCUGUUAUCCACAGAUGCGACCGCGCCGCUUUCGAUUUCCAGUGGGACGGAAAGAUCCUCAGCGUUCAACAAACUCUUCCCAGUGGUGUCACCGUCUUCGGUUCCGCCCCCUACGACGGCAGCUGCGAGUUCGACGCUGUCAUCCCCGUCGACAGGGCCAUCGUCUAA